AUCAGCUUCAUUGGUCCGUGUUUUGCACUUCGCAGCAAUAUCCACUCAUAUUUUAGCAAUUGAGAUACUUGUUUACUAUUUGGUUCACUUUAUAUUUAACAAAUUCACCACUCUCGCAUUAUUUCAUACGGCUAAUAUUUACACAUUCUACAGCAUUCUAAUUUCCAAGACUUUGGCAUUAUCUAUUAAGACGCCAAGAUUUUCGAAAUGAUUCUCAGAUUUCUGAACUUUGCUCCUGUCCUCCUUCUAAUUAUUUCUACGCAUGUUUUCACACCAUUAUUUUCGCACUACUAUUAUUACUGGGAUUAUUACCUGGCUCCAAGGUACACUGAGCAUGAUUCGUUUGAUUUCAUUGUGAUCGGGGGAGGUUCCGCUGGUGCCGUGAUAGCCAACAGAUUGUCCAAAAAUAAUAAAGUUUUGCUCCUCGAAGCUGGAGGUGAUCCUGUUCCCUUCGUCUCGAUACCUGGACUUGCUACGGAACUGCACCACAUUCCGCAUUUGAAUUGGAACUAUAAAACAGUUCCACAAAAAUACUCGAGUCAGGGAAUGGAUAAUAAAGUGUCUCUCUGGCCGAGAGGAAAGCUUCUUGGGGGGACUUCUAAUUUGAACUACAUGUUUUACGUGCGAGGAAAUCCCUUAGAUUACGAUAACUGGGCGAAUAUUACAGGAGACGAAAGGUGGAAUUAUGAUAACCUGGUCGCGUAUUUCAAAAAAUCACUGGAUUACAAUGGAGCCUAUGUCAAAAAUGAGAAGCAUUACGGUCAAGCCGGUCAGCCUUACGGGUACUUGCACGUGGAGCAAAGAAACGAAUGGGCACCACUCUACAAGUACUUCAUUGAAGCUGUUAAAGAACUUGGUUAUAACCAGGUCGAUUUAAAUGGGCCACAAUCAAUUGGAUUUGGGCCGUCUGAAGUAACCCAAAAACGAGGAUCUCGUGCUGGGACAUUCGGGGGAUUUCUGAAGAAUUUCAUGAACCGAGAAAACUUACAUGUUUCUCGGUACUCUCAAGCUACAAAGAUUAAGCUGGAUAAGAAUAACCGGGCAUUGGGUGUAUGGUACACACGUCAUGGGAAACAGUAUUUCGCAAGGUCCAGGAAAGAAGUAAUUGUUUCCGGUGGUACAGUUGAUUCGCCAAAACUACUGAUGCUUUCCGGAAUUGGACCGAAGAAACACUUAAAUUCCAUUGGCAUAAAAACAAAGUUGGAUUUGCCCGUUGGAAAAAAUCUAAAAGACCAUCUUUCAGUAUUCGUAAGCCCAUUUAUAAUCAAUGAAACUCUAUCUAUUAUUUUAACUCGAGACUUUGGAGCUCAAGCCUUAUAUGACUACUUUGUACAUGGCUAUGGUCCACUUACUUCUCCUGCCAUUCUUAACUCACAUGGUUUCAUAUCCAGUAAAUAUGCUUCAAGAAAGGACUGGCCGGACCUUCAAAUUUAUUUAGUAGGACUCGGAGUGUAUUCCGAACUGGUACAGGACCAAGCAAGGACGUUGGGGUUUAAUGCAACUUCUUACACAGAAUACAUGCGACCGUUACUUAAUCAGGAGUUGGAUGGAUUUGGUAUUAUGGCAACACUAGUUCUGCCCAAGAGUGUUGGCGAAAUUAAGCUGCACGACAAAAAUCCUUUUACACCACCGCUGAUAGAUCCCAAAUAUCUGGAAGAUAUCAGGGAUGUAAAGACGCUGAUAGAAGGCAUCAAGUUUUCCAUAAAAUUAGUCGAGGAAACAAAAUCGUUCAAAAGGCUAAACGCAGAAUUGUUCGACUUGAAAUUUCCUGGAUGUGAAGAUUUUGAGCCAAGAAGUGACUUGUACUGGGAAUGUUUCAUUAGAAAUGUUGGUUUCUCAUUAUAUCAUCCUGUGGGGACUUGUCGAAUGGGAAAAGAUAUUCGUGACAAACAGGCUGUGGUUGAUUCUAAAUUAAGAGUGUUGUGGACUCCAAAUCUGCGAGUGGCUGAUGCCAGCAUCAUGCCCAAAAUUGUUAACUGUAACACAAACGCGCCUUCCAUAAUGAUUGGAGAGGUGGCGGCUGAUCUUAUCAGAGAAUACUGGUCGAAACAAUAUUUAGUGUGCGAUUAUUUAGAGUAUGUAAUACAUGGCAGAGUUAGUAGACAGUGUUUUUAUUCUAAAAUUGUGUAAAUGUUGACAAAAGUUGCAAUAAAUAAAUGAUCCCCUGGUGCCAUAUUUUUUCAACGAA